AUGCAAGGAAUAAGAUCUGAGGCGGAGAUAAUGUCAUCUCUCCAAGACGUUACAGUGCAAUAUGCAAACGUGGAUGAUCCAGUAGAAAGAGCGGCACGAAUGCAACAAAUCCUGGAGGGUGAAGCCCAGGGACUAAUGGCCAUCACUGCAAGAUCGAUGUUUACAGCUCAGACCGCUCACCAAACGUCAAUGAGACAGAGCCCAGAUGAGCUCCACCCCAUUAAUCUGAGAGAAGAGGAAUCUAAAACAGAAAACCAGCAAUCAGAGCAAACUUUGGAGCAACCAAAAAGGCCUCGUGGCAGACCACCCUCAAAGAAAAAAAACUCGGAGGCAGGCACUAGUAAAUGGAUGACAAAACACAGCAGAGUCUCACCGUUCUUGAGAAUCUCCCCACUAUCCCGAGUCAUCCAUACUCGCACUUCUCCAGUUCUCCAUAGCCAUGGAACCCGUCACAGCAGAGUAACUUUACAGCGUGGUGCUUCAACUUCAGCCCCACCAUUGUCACUCCCACCACCUCCCACCACGAUUCCGGCAAUACGAAGAGCCACGAGGAAGGAUAAAGCGGAUUUUCAAAAUCCGUUAAAUCCUCUUCCUUAA